GUCUUGAGGAGGGAACAUGCUGCAGGUGGACUCGGCUUAAAAUCGAGGGGUAAAAGCUGCUGAGCUCACAUGGGGAAUAUCUGCAGGAUGAAAAGUCGUUGUCAUGACUCUGAGAGCGACCCUGCUUCCACACCGAGGAUUCAAACUCAAGCAGACCGCUGCUGACACAGUCGACCCAGACAACACACACACUACAGCCCCCUCGGCGGGUCCUGCUGUGAGCCUCAAGAGAGACUCCUGCGACUUCGUUAUAGACAUCACAGACUUCCAAGGGGCACAGAUCCCGAGCAAAUACGGCAAAUUAGACCAGACUUACAUGACAAGUAAGGUCUCCCUCGCCGCCACAGUCACCGAGGUAGUCAAAGGAGACGCUAAAACUGUGGGGGUAUUGUCCCCUGUCAGACCAAUGGGGGGUGAGGGAACCCCGGUGAAAGGUAAACCCCUCUCUGUAGACAACAUGGAUAACCCUCAGAUGGCUUUGAACAAUAACCCUAAGGAUGGCGGCGCCGACGACAGCGCGAAGGGGGUCGUACCCGGAGUCCUGGGCACGGCGUCCAUCGAACUCUCCUCUGAGGGCAAAUGGAGGAACGUUAGGAAGACACCCACCAAUCCUCAGACGCAGGCGAACUGCCUCCGACAGAUCCUCCUGCUGCAACUUGACCUGAUUGAACAGCAGCAACAGCAGCUGCAGUCUAAGGAUAAGGAGAUAGAGGAGCUCAAAGCAGACAAAGAGACAUUGCUUGCACGUAUCGAGCGUAUGGAGCGCCGCCUGCAGCUCACGAAAAAGGACCCGCCUCGUGACAAACGUCUCUUCCAGCCGCUGGAGCCGUGGACGCCGGACAAAGAGGACAUGUGGGAUCUGGACGUGGAGGAGAGUCCGCAGGGAAACCCGUCCACUCAGCUCAACUUCAGUCGAGGAGGCAAAGGUCAAAAGAGGAAGUCUUGCUUUGGAGAUACAAAAGUCCAGAAAUCUCGAGGCAAAAGCGCCAAGCUGAGCCCUCAGAAGUCCGAAAUUCAGCCCGGCUCUCCCUCUCACCAGAGAGAGCUGCGCAGUAAGGAAACUCCGGAGAAGACUCUGGUGCCUCUGAGGUCGGGGUCCGAACGGGACAUUUUGCUCCCGUGCAAAGAGGAGCCGGAGCUGAGCUGUCAGAUGGAAGAUCUGCCCUUCAUGUCUACCACAGAGAUGUACCUCUGUUGCUGGAACCAACCUCCUCUGUCCCCUUUGCGUGAGACUUCCCCUAAAAAGGAGGAGGAGGUGGCCAUUCCUUCAUGGAGAGAAAACUACAUCGAGCCGCUGGAUGAAGACUCGUCCUGCAACCCUCCGGAGUCGCUGGACGACAACGUGUUUUUGAAGCGUCACAUGAAGCUCGAGUUGGAUGAGAAGAGAAGAAAAAGAUGGGACAUCCAGCGAAUCAGAGAGCAGCGCAUGUUUCAGCGUUUGCAGCAGCGGAUGAACAGAAAGAAAGUCAUCCAGGAAACGGAGCCGGAAGUUUCCUCCUUCUAUCCCGACACUGAAGACGUUGAAACUAUCGUGAUCACUCCCUUCCUUCCCGUGGUCGCGUUCGGACGGCCGUUGCCCAAAAUGUCACAACAGAACUUCGAGUUGCCUUGGCUGGACGACCGGAGCCGCUGUCGCAUCGAGGUUCCCAAAAAACACACUCCUCACCGGACCUGCCGGAAGUGAUGACGCAACCGCCGCCAACAACAACAACAACCAACAACAACA